CGGGCAGGAAGUGGCGGGGGGGCGCAGCUUCCCGCCGCGCCUCUCGUCGUCCCGGGCGCUGAGGCGCGGAAUGGCCGCCGCCGUCUAGCGUAGGGCCCCGCGCUGCUGCCGCCAUGGGCCGGGAGUCCAGGCAUUAUCGAAAGCGCUCUGCGUCACGUGGACGCUCUGGUAGCCGUUCCAGAAGUCGUUCUCCAUCUGACAAAAGAGGAAAACGUGGAGAAGACAGACGCUCUAGAAGUAGAGAUCGAGAACGUAGACGUGAGAGGUCACGCAGUAGGGACAAGAGAAGGUCUCGAUCGCGUGACAGAAAGCGUCAAAGACGUUCAAGAAGUAGAGAAAGGGAACGGAGCCGAGAAAGAAGAAGAUCCCGGAGCCGAGAGAGGAGGCGCUCUAGAAGCAGAAGUAGAGGUAGACGGUCUCGAUCCUCCAGUCCAAGCAAGAACAGGAAAACAGAAAACAGAUCAAGAUCUAAAGAAAAGACAGAAGGUGUUGAAGUUUCCAAAGAAAAGAAAAAAGACAAAGAUGACAAAGAAGAAGAGAAGGAUAAAGAUGCUACCACAAAUACUGUGGCCACUGAGAAUUUUGAUCAGAACAAACUAGAAGAAGAGAUGAGAAAACGAAAAGAAAGAGUGGAGAAAUGGAGGGAAGAACAACGCAAGAAGGCUAUGGAAAACAUAGGAGAACUGAAAAAAGAAAUUGAAGAGAUGAAACAGGGGAAAAAAUGGAGUUUAGAAGAUGAUGAUGAUGAUGAAGAGGAAACUGCAGAAGGAGAAAAAGAAGGCAAUGAGGUUGAAGAUGAAGAGUUAGAUCCUUUGGAUGCUUAUAUGGAAGAAGUAAAAGAAGAGGUCAAGAAGUUUAAUAUGAGAAGUGUGAAAGGUGGAGGUGGGAGUGAAAAGAAAUCCGGACCAACUGUUACCAAAGUAGUAACCGUGGUGACAACCAAAAAGGCAGCUGCAGAGUCAGAAAAGAAGAAAGGGGAGCUCAUGGAGAACGACCAAGAUGCAAUGGAGUAUUCCUCAGAAGAGGAGGAAGUUGAUCUUCAGACUGCCCUGACUGGCUAUCAGACCAAGCAGAGAAAGCUGCUAGAACCAGUGGAUCAUGGAAAGAUAGAAUAUGAACCUUUCAGGAAAAACUUCUAUGUUGAAGUACCAGAACUAGCUAAAAUGACUCAAGAAGAGGUGAAUGUGUACAGGCUGGAGUUGGAGGGAAUUACAGUCAAGGGAAAAGGCUGCCCUAAACCAAUAAAAACCUGGGUACAGUGUGGUAUUUCCAUGAAGAUUCUCACUGCCCUCAAAAAACAUGGCUAUGAAAAGCCCACUCCCAUUCAAACCCAGGCCAUCCCAGCAAUUAUGAAUGGACGUGACUUGAUUGGCAUUGCUAAAACAGGAAGCGGAAAAACUAUUGCAUUUUUGUUGCCCAUGUUCAGACACAUUAUGGAUCAGAGAGCAUUAGAAGAAGGAGAAGGUCCCAUAGCUGUCAUUAUGACACCUACUCGUGAGUUGGCUUUGCAGAUUACCAAGGAGUGCAAGAAAUUCUCAAAGACACUUGGACUUCGAGUUGUGUGUGUCUAUGGAGGAACAGGAAUCAGUGAACAGAUAGCUGAACUCAAAAGAGGUGCUGAAAUUAUUGUUUGCACACCUGGGCGUAUGAUUGACAUGUUAGCAGCUAACAAUGGUCGGGUGACAAAUCUCCGUAGAGUCACGUAUGUUGUACUUGACGAAGCAGACAGAAUGUUUGACAUGGGUUUUGAGCCUCAGGUUAUGCGCAUUGUAGACAACGUCAGGCCUGAUCGUCAGACUGUCAUGUUCUCUGCUACUUUUCCCAGAGCUAUGGAGGCACUAGCUCGGAGAAUCCUAAGUAAACCGAUAGAAGUGCAGGUUGGAGGCAGAAGUGUUGUCUGUUCUGAUGUGGAGCAACACGUUAUUGUCAUAGAAGAGGAGAACAAGUUUCUGAAGUUACUGGAGCUACUGGGACACUAUCAGGAGAAAGGAUCGGUUAUCAUAUUUGUAGAUAAACAAGAACACGCUGAUGGGUUGUUGAAAGAUUUAAUGAGAGCCUCUUAUCCUUGCUUGUCUCUUCAUGGAGGUAUUGAUCAGUAUGAUAGGGACAGCAUAAUUAAUGAUUUCAAGAAUGGAAUUUGCAAACUUCUGGUGGCCACAUCUGUAGCAGCAAGGGGCUUGGAUGUAAAACAAUUGAUGCUGGUGGUCAAUUAUAGCUGUCCCAACCAUUAUGAAGAUUAUGUGCACCGAGCAGGCCGAACUGGACGAGCUGGCAAUAAAGGGUAUGCGUACACAUUCAUUACGGAGGACCAGGCACGGUAUGCUGGUGAUAUCAUUAAGGCUUUGGAAUUGUCUGGGAAUCCAAUUCCUACUGAUUUGGAGAAGCUCUGGGCUGACUUCAAAGACCAACAGAAGGCUGAGGGGAAGUUGAUUAAGAAAAGCAGUGGAUUCUCUGGCAAAGGUUUUAAAUUUGAUGAAACAGAACAGGCUUUGGCUAACGAAAGAAAGAAGCUACAAAAAGCAGCUCUUGGCUUGCAAGAUUCAGAUGAUGAAGAUACAGCUGUUGAUAUCGAUGAACAAAUUGAAAGCAUGUUCAACUCAAAGAAAAGAGUAAAAGACAUGGCAGCACCGGGAACAUCAAAUGCUCCUACACCAUCAGCUGGAAACGCAGAAAAAUUGGAAAUUGCGAAAAGAUUGGCUUUGAGAAUCAAUGCCCAAAAGAAUCUUGGAGCAGAAGCACAAGUAUUGGUGCCCUUCCACUUUAAGGAUGUGAUGCAGCAGGCUACAAAUGCUAUCCUGAGAGGAGGCACAAUUCAAGCACCUACUGUAUCUGCCAAGACCAUUGCAGAGCAGCUGGCUGAAAAAAUCAAUGCUAAGCUCAAUUAUGUACCCAUAGAGAAGCAGGAGGAAGAGAAACAAGAUGGAGGACAAAAUGAAUCCUUUAAGAGAUAUGAAGAAGAAUUGGAGAUCAAUGACUUCCCACAGACUGCCAGAUGGAAAGUUACCUCCAAAGAAGCACUGCAGAGAAUCAGUGAAUAUUCUGAAGCUGCUAUUACAAUCAGAGGAACUUACUUCCCUCCAGGCAAAGAACCCAAGGAAGGAGAACGAAAGAUUUAUUUGGCUAUAGAAAGUGCCAAUGAACUGGCUGUACAGAAAGCAAAGGCAGAAAUCACACGACUUAUAAAAGAGGAGCUCAUCAGAUUGCAAAAUUCAUACCAACCAACCAACAAAGGAAGAUACAAAGUUCUAUGAGUUUUUGGAGUUAUCUGUCUGCCAGUGGCUGGUGCGUGAAACUUUGUGGCUUCUGUUGUUUUUGCUGUUUACACUGCUUAUUGUAAAUUAAGAAUUUUUUAUUUUGUCUUGCGGACAUUUUUUAACAGAAAAUUGAUACUUGCUGAAACAUCUUAAUUCUCUCCACUACAGUUAUCAGUCUUAAAGCAGACCAGUUUUGGCAGAGCAUGAUUUCAUUUAAAAGUGCAGUUUAUAUACUUUUUGUCAUAAAGAAUAUAAAAUAAAACAUUUUAAUUUUCCUGACAGACUAUACUGUUAAGUAAAUUAAACAAUGUUGGGAUUUGUGUUGGAAAUUGUUAGAAUGUACCCACUUCACAUUGUGGGGAUGGUUCACACCGUAUCAGUUCAUACUGGAAAAAUGAUAAAACCCAAAUAAAGGCAGGAUUUUCUCCUGAUCCGUAGCAUCUCUCUGGCUGGUUCCACACACUUCAUUCCCUGUACAAAUGUCCCCCUAAGGUCAGAGAGUCUUGCGGUGAUCAGAGUAGAGAAUUUUAUCCAGAAAUACUUGAGGUCUGGUUUUAAGAUCUUAUGCUUUUCAUGUCUCAUUUUGUCUUUAUCAUCCAGGUAAUAGAAUAACUCUUCGGGGUUUUUGUAAACUGAAAUGUUUUGUAGAAUGAAAAUAGUUUUCCUGGUUUUUUUCUAAACAUCAGAAUUUUAGGAUUUGAUUUUUUUUUCCUCAUUCUCUGACAUAAGAAUGAAAGCCUGUUUAGUUUAAAAAGAAACUCUCAGAAAAAAAAGAGAAACUUCUUUUGUAAUGAAAUACGACUGUCACUUUUUUAUAGUGUUCUUAUAUAUACAUUUAAUGUGAUUUUUUUCCCCCAGGGUUGUCGUCUUUGUUACUGUUAGGACAUGGCUUUAAGUAAAAAUGAAUAAUGAUAUUUAUGAGUGAAUCCCACAAAUAUUGACUAUCAUUGCAGUCAAUAAGCUACUGGGACAGGCAAGACCUUUCUUUUUGAGGUCUCAUCCCCAUAACCAUUAGUACUCACGAUGGACACUUACUACUCUUAAGCAUUUAACUUUGCUGUCUACUUAUCUGGAGCCUGAGCGGUAGCAAUUUGAAUCGUCUCAUUCUAGCCGCUGCGAGACUUUCAAGAUGAUGACUUUCAAAAGGACUUUUGUAGAAAGCUUUUCUUACCUGACACAUCGAGAAGAAAUGUGUCAUUUUAAAACAGCUGUGUAUAUACUGCUUUAACCCUGGUGAAGACAAAUCAUACAACCUGCAUCAUGGCUGUAUAAAUUCACAACUUGUGUUUCUCAAUUUCAGGUAAUUUAAAUGACUGUGUCUGUUCGCAUACAACUGUCUGUUACUCUAAUGUCAGUGUACCUUAUUUGCAAUACAGGAAAGGAAAGUAAUGAUUAUACCAACUUAAUAGUAUACGUUUAGGAUAAGACCAACAAUACUUGCCAAUAUUAAUACAUUGAGUAGAACAAAGAGGAGCAGCACACACAAUAACCCUUCUCAAAAUUUAAAACAGAAAUCUCAAACUAAAGCCCUUUGGCUCCCUUUAAAUAAUUCAGGUUUCCUUCUGUUAAGAACUGGGUUUUGAUGUAUUUCAUACAACUUGUUUGUUGAAUUGUCUAACUUUUGACAGUGUCCCCCCCAGCAGAGUGGCAGAUUUUGGUGUAUUUAAUGAAGAGCACUUUCAAGUUUGGACAGUCUGACACUUCUUUAAAAAUCUUGUUUCAAAAUGUUCGUAUAUAUAUUGGUAUCUCCUAAAAAAGGCAUGAUGGAGACAUUUUUGUGAUUUCCAGCUUUGCACUGUUGGAUUUCAGAGAUGCAACAAUGUAUAAUCUUUAACUUCCUGGGGUUUUUAAAUGCAAUGUCAAUAUUCCUAUGUUUUUUAAAUUCCAGCAAAAAUAAAAAUAAUUUCAAUGUAUAUUU